AAACUUUGCUGAGUUGGCAUGUUUGCUAGAAGCUGUUUGGUCUCAGUGUAAAUGUUCAGCCUCUGGGCGUGGGGGAGGAAUACACUCCUUCCUAUUGGAGUGUGUGAGGGAGAGAGGGGGUGGAAUUUACUGAAGGAGGAAGUUUCUGAAGGGGAGAGACAGAGAGAGAGAGGAGGGAUCUUAUUGUGCUGCGACACAGCCAGAGAAAGCUUUCAAAGAUAUUUUAAAAGUUGGUGAAAAGUUUGUAAAACUUUCCUAAAAGUUUGAGAAGCGUCUGUGACUGUGAAUGUAUCGGGGGUGGGGGGGGAAAUGGUGGAGUCGGCGUGUGCUGGUGAGGGUGUGGGUGAGUUGUUGCAGGGGGCAGGUGCCGGUGGUGGGAGUGGGUUGCAGGAGGAGCUGACCUGCUGUAUCUGCUGUGAGCUGUUACGGGAGCCGGUGAUGCUCGAGUGCUUACACCAUUACUGUCGGCCGUGUAUCCUCGCCCUGUGGCACCGGGACCCGGCCUCCGCCUGCUGCCCUCAGUGUCGUCACCGCUUCACACGCACCAGCCUCCGCAACAACCACCUGGUGUCUGGGGUGGUUGCCAGGGUCCGGGGGGCCGGCAAUCAGGAGCUCCGUCACAAGGUGCAGGAGGAGCUCAGUGACGCCCUGAGAUCACAUAGGAAUCAGCUGGAGGAGAUCCUGGCGAUGAUGAAAUGUGAUGAAGAUAAGAUUGUGAGAGUGAAGAGCGAGUCUGCGGAGCUGCAGCGGCGAGUGAGCAGUGACUAUGAGAAAUUGCACGAGUGGCUGCGGGGAGACGAGCAGCGCCUGUUACAGCAGCUGCACCACGACACGGCUACGGUGGAGGAGAGGCUGCGGCGGAGGCUGCGGGGGCUGAACGCCGCACGGGGAGAACUCGAGAGGGUCGUGGCCGACACCGAGACCAGCCUCCAGCAGCUCCGCAGAUCCGUAAUGGUGGAGACGCGGGGGCUGUGUCAGAGGGUGCAGGUGGACACGGAGCCGGUGGUCAGUGUUGACCUGAGGAGCGCCCGCUACACUGGCCCCCUGCAGUACAUCAUCUGGAAGAGAAUGUUCCACUCCCUGGACCCAGCUCCAGCUGGGCUGACAUUUGACACGAACACGGCGCACCCUAACCUGGUGGUGUCGGAAGACCAGCGAUGUGUGAGGGAGAGUGAGGAGCAGCAGUGUGUGGGGCUCAGCCCCGCCAGGUUCUCUCAGUGUGUCAAUGUGCUGGGCUCCCAAGGCUUCACUUCAGGCAGACAUUACUGGGAGGUCAGCGUGGGCAAGAAGACCAAGUGGGACCUGGGGGUGGCGCGAGAAUCCAUCGACCGUCAGGCCAUGGUCAAGCUGUGCCCACAGAGUGGUUACUGGACCCUCAGGCUCCGCAAUGGCAAUGAGUACUGGGCCGGGACGUCGCCAUGGAAACGACUCCCAGUGGAGACACGGCCCCAGAGGAUUGGGGUGUAUCUGGCCCUCGAGGACGGCCAAAUCUCCUUCUACAACGCAGACGACAUGUCCCAUCUCCUGACCUUCCGCCAGCCGCUCACCGAGCGCAUCUUCCCCUUCUUCAGCACCUGCUUUGGGGACGGCACGAACACUGAGGCGCUCUACCUGUGCCCCCCGCCCGUGACCCUGCCCCCAACUGAACCCCUAACAUAGCCCUGCCCUACCCUGGCCCCAACCACGCCCCUAACCCACCCCUAACAUAACACCACCCUAACCCUGUCCCUGACCCCGCACCCAACCCUGGGCCCUGACCGUUUGCUGUUGAUUGGGUCGCUUUUCCCGGGGUAAUAAUUCCUCCAAAAAAAAUUAUUCGGUCACUCAAUCCACGACCGUUUGUGGAAUACUGCUGUGCGCAAUUGGCUGCCGUGCUUUUCCCACAAAUAUACAGUCAAAUCGCUUCUCGAAGACGUGAUAAGGCUCUGUCCCAAAUGCAAGGAUUAUUAUUAUUGUAUGAUCGGCUCCAGGUUGCCCUCUGCUUGUGAUGGUUGCAAUACCAAUGUGAAGCCAGCAGGCGGCGCCAGGCUCCAACUAAAUGUUUAAUCCUGAAAGUUUGAGUCUGAGUGGCUCAGAUCUUCACUGUAGUCGUUUAGUCUUUAAUACUAAUUUACUGUCAUUUAAUUCUUCACUUGCUAUCUGAGAAACCAUUCUCAUUGUAAAACGUGCACACUUUAUAAGAAGAUUUACAUUGAAACUCUGCGGACAACUUUCAUUAAACUAGAUAAAACAUUUAAAA